AUGCUUACUAUUUUGCUCUCGUUCAUCGUUUCAGAUAUCAACGCCUUGGUGAUCGGUGGUGGUGCCUCGCCAAACACUUGCCAGCCAUGCCUCGAUGCACAGAGUCAAUGGAUGAGUUGGGGAGCAUGGAGUACUUGUCAAAGGAAUCCAUAUGGAGUUGAUUCGCAAACGAGAACCCGGCAAUGCUCGGGUUCGAAUUGUCAGGGAGCCGCCGAUGAGUCGAGACAGUGCCAAGUCUAUCGAGAGCCGACUCCAGAAUGGAAUCAAUGGGGAUCAUGGAGCAGUUGCAGCAAGUCAUGCGGUGGUGGAGUUCAAGUGAGGACAAGGACGUGCAAUACACAAUGUGGUGUUUGCACUUGUCAAGGUCCGGCCACAGAGGAAAGGGCGUGUAACUCGCAGGCUUGUUGCUCGUGGACCCAAUGGUCAGAGUGGUCAGCUUGUUCGGUGUCUUGCGGAAACGGGAUUCAGACGAGAAAUCGCGGCUGCAGUUGCGCUGACAACUCGUGCCCCGGCUCAUCGAUUGAUGUGAGCGAUUGUGCGGCUCGAGUUCCAUGCCCAAUCUGUAACACUUGUUAUCAGCCACCGCAGCCGAUUGUCCCCCCGCCGCCAGUUGCAUGCACUACUUGUCAACAGUACCAGCCACCAACUUGUAACACUUGUGGCUACAGGACGAUUCGAACAGCGAUCGCUUUGGCGAAAAAUUCAACCCUUCCAAUUACACAAAUCAAAAAGCAU